UCAGUUCAAUACUUUCACUUCCACGUUGCGAACUCAAAAUGGCGUCGUCUCCUGGUUCCUUUCAUCCUAGCAAAUCCCUUGUAGAUCUUGCUGGCAGGCAUGCUACGUUUCAGCCAAGUAAGGAUUUGUAUGCAAAUGCACAUGUCAAAAACAUGAAUGAGUACCAUGCCAUGUACAAACGGUCUUUGGAUGAUCCCGAAGGGUUCUGGGGUGACAUUGCCAAGAAGUUCUAUUGGAAGGAAUGGUACACGGGGGAGUUUAUGAAGUACAAUUUCAAUGUUUCAGAUGGACCCAUCAGCAUCAAGUUCAUGGAUGGUGCUAAAACCAAUAUUUGCUACAAUGCUUUAGACAGAAACGUGAAAGAUGAACAGAUGGGAGACAGAAUUGCUUACUACUGGGAAGGUAAUGAUUCAGGUGACAGCUGCAAGAUUACUUAUGGAGAGCUACUGAAGAAAGUUUGUCAGUUCUCAAAUGUUUUGAAGAGUUUAGGAGUUAAAAAAGGAGACAGAGUAGCAGUUUACAUGCCAAUGACAAUUGAAAUUACUGUAGCUGUGCUAGCAUGUGCAAGAAUUGGUGCUGUUCAUUCAGUUGUGUUUGCUGGCUACUCAGCUGACUCACUUGCAGAGAGAAUGAUUGAUGGCAAGUGCACAGUUCUCAUCACUGCAGAUGGAUUCUAUCGUGGAGCAAAGCUUGUCAAGUUAAAAGAAAUUGCGGAUGCUGCUUUACGUGAAUGCAAGGAAUCAGGGCUUGCAGUAAAAAGAUGCAUCGUUUUGAGGCACAUCAGUGAGACAGAUGAAAAUGGGGCAAGUGAACAGAAUGGAGAUGAACCAGUUGCUAAAAGGCCCUGCAAAGGAUUUCUUGCACCAUGGAAUUCUGACAUAGACAGCUGGUGGCAUGAGCUGAUGCAAGAUGCGAGUGAAGAAUGCGAGCCAGAGUGGAUGGAUGCAGAAGAUCCUUUGUUUAUACUCUACACCAGUGGGUCGACUGGUAAACCAAAAGGAGUAUUACACACAACCGGUGGAUAUAUGCUCUAUGCAGCAACGACAUUUAAAUAUGUUUUCGACUAUCACGCUGAUGACAUCUAUUGGUGUACUGCUGAUGUUGGCUGGAUAACUGGUCAUUCAUACGUCGUUUACGGUCCACUGGCAAAUGGCGCUACUAGUCUUAUUUUCGAAGGCACUCCAUUGUACCCACACGCAGGCAGAUGCUGGGAGCUUGUUGAAAAAUACAAGGUAUCAUUGUUUUACACGGCGCCUACAGCCAUCAGAACUUUGAUGAAAUUUGGAAAAGAAGUUGUGUACAAGUAUAACCGUUCUUCGCUGAGAGUUCUUGGAACUGUAGGUGAACCUAUCAACCCGGAAGCUUGGCUCUGGUAUUACAAAUACGUAGGAGAAGAACGUUGCUCGGUUGCGGAUACAUUCUGGCAGACAGAAACCGGAGGGCAUAUGAUCACCGGGCUGCCUGGUGCUACAACAAUGAAACCAGGCUCAGCAAGCUUGCCCUUCUUUGGCAUUGUACCAGCUAUUGUUGAUGAAGAGGGGAAUGAGCUGGAAGGGGAAUGCGAUCAAGGAUACUUGGUAUUCAAGCAGCCUUGGCCUGGAAUGAUGCGAACACUGUACAGGAACCAAGCUAGAUUUGAAAGUGGCUACUUCUCGAGGUUUAAAGGCUACUACUUCGCAGGCGAUGGCGCCAAGCGUGACAAGGAUGGGUAUUACUGGAUCACCGGAAGAAUCGAUGAUUGUAUGAACGUAUCUGGACAUUUGCUAAGCACUGCCCAGAUUGAAAGCGCCCUUAUAGAGCAUCAGUCUUUAUCAGAGGCUGCAGUGGUUUCUAUGCCUCAUCCUGUGAAAGGCGAAUGUGUCUACUGUUUUGUGUCGCUUAAAAAUGGUGAAAUUUUUGACAACAAGCUCAUGGCGGCUUUAAGAGAUCGAGUGAGACAUCGUAUUGGCCCAAUGGCACAACCUGAAAUUAUCCAGAACGCCCCCGGCCUGCCGAAAACCCGCUCGGGCAAAAUUAUGCGGCGUGUGCUCCGUAAGAUCGCGCGUGAUGAGCGUGACCUAGGCGACAUUUCAACAAUGGCUGAUUCAACUGUUGUUGAAGAACUUUUCAAAAAUAGGCCUGUUGUUGAUCUAUCUUAAUCGCAGUAGAUACUGCUAGAACUUUGUAAUUACAUCAUCCAGCUUUUCUGGGAUAUCAAGAAGACCUUUCAUGCGUACAUUCGCUUGAAUUGUAUAUUUUGAAUAAGAAUAUAUCGAUUUUGA